AUGUCUGCUGCAUCUUCGCGUUCAUCUUCUUUCGUGUUCGAGGACGAGCCUGACGAACCCGCGCCUCCGUGUCGACCGUGGAAAUAUCUCGAACACCCGGACGCGAAGGAGUGGAAGCGCGGGCCACUGGAAGUUCAUGAUUACCCCAACCUGGGUGACUUCGUCGUGCUGUCAAUAGACGCUAUUGCGUCGGUCGCUCACCUUGACAUCGCUGCAAAGCAAGCCGCAAGACAGCUGCCAAGAAGGAAAUACGUCGCUCUCUGCCAUCAGACCACGGGCCUUCCUAUUCCUACGAAACCCACACAUCCAUACGACUUCCUCUUCGUUCGUCAAGGGAGACCGCAUCCAAGGCUUCUAGAUGUCGACUCUGAGGACUCUUGUAUCGCCGUCCUACCGAACAAUGUGGUCGUCUCAGAUCAACCUCCUGUGCGCCCAGCGUACCCAUUACCUUGGGAUGACUGCUACCUCGACACGACAUACGGCUUCCCUCACGGGUGUCGAGUGACAUGCAUCGAUCGAGACUAUGUCCCCGUUCUGCCCAUUCUUGACUCCGAAGCUAUGCGGAUAGAGCAGAGCUUGCAGGACCACUGGUCUCCUUUACUUGCCGAACGUAGAAGGCGCGAGGAUAAUUGGCCGGAACCCCUUGAUCUUGUCGCGCUCCCUCCCUUACCCUCUCCCCAAGUACACGAAGAGCAAACGGCGAAGGCGACACCCGUCCUCCCGCCUGCGGAGCCUUCACUUGAACCCACGUCAGCUGCGGAGAUGGGCGCGAAUCAGUCUCACCAUGCGGACGAUAACUAUGAUGCAGCCUCUCUCAUCGAAAGCGAUGACGAGAGUGAAGACAUACACUCGCCGGAGUCUGGAGGAGACGAAGAGCUCGACACAUUUCUCGCAUUCGAGACUAUGAUGAACGAUGUGGGCAGUCUUAGAGAUCCGGUGGUCAACGUUUGGUACGACCUUGAUAUGGUAACGAAGAUCGUCGACCCCAUUCAUUUCCUCGAAGAUGUCAAGCGUUUACGCAUUAUCGUCGACGAAGCGGAAAUACGUCUAGGUAUUCGUCCCGAUCCAGCGAUAGCAGAUCGCUCGUCGGUGUCAGGAACAUCGGAGGACAACGACUCUCAUGAUCAACCAGCGCUUUUGUCAUCGGUCAAUACAGCGGCCACCGUAGAUUCCGUGCAAAGUACACACAAGGACAAGCACACUCACUCCCUUACCAAACCAUCGUUAGGACUGGGAGCUCGUCUCGCCACCGCUUCCUCUCGGCUCUUAUCUCCUGCGCGCUCCCUCAUGCGGAGGCUGGUGUACAAACGCUCGAGUGCUGCAAGAAGCCGGGUAGCUCCAUGA